GCGCCAGGACAAGAGGCGGCAAAACUUGCCACGAAAUAUUUCGCGGUCCCUCGGCUCCUCCCCCUUCCCCUGCUCCUCCUCCCGCCUUCCACGCGCUCCCCUCCACGCCCCCGCGAGGCCAAGGGGAUCGUCCCGCCGCCCGGAGCCCAGGUCGACUCCGGCGAGCGCCCGAUAUCCGCGCCCCUCGGCUCCGCGCUUGGCUUUCGUCCCCGGCCCCGAGGCCGGCUCGCCGCCGGCGGAUCCGUAGCCGGAGCUAGGGUUUCGCGGCUCCGGGCGUCGCGGCCGCCGAGAUCUAGGGUUUCGAGCUCAGGCACGAAGGGGACGGCACCUGGAGUCGCAGCCCUCCAUUCCAGUGCGGCGCCAAGGCAGGGAAAGGUCGGAGUUUUCUAGGGCUGGAUCAAUAUUGAACCUGAUUGCUACCACUGCAGACGAAUAUCACAAAACCAUGAAAGCUCCUCAGCAGCGCCGUAAACCAACUGAUACAGAAGCAAAGGUCAAACUUGGUGAUAAGUUGCACUGCCUGAAGCCAGGAAAAUAUACCAACAAAUCAUCAGGCAAUAUCGUGGCAAAAUGCAGAAGAGAAGAUGGUCAAUCGUUUACCGGCAGUAAGAUUGCAUUGAAGGGUGGUAGCUUUACUGAAGUACCAUUUAAUAAUUUGACAAACUUAUCCGUUCAACCACCAAAUUAUUUUAAAAAGAUGAAGCUUCAGUUUUUCCCAGUAGAUGAGGCGAUUCAGAAGGUUCUACAGCAGGAGAAACACAAUCCUUACCUGGAGUUGACCUUGGCUCCUCGAAAGAAGAUGUCCUCAAUUGUGCAACAUCUGAACACAAAAUGGGGUCGUUCUAGCUGUGCAAAAGGCGAGCUCAUGCUCUUCCCUUACGGUGCUAGACCGGAUAGCAUAGUUGGCAGUGAAAAAUGGACUAUUAAUGAUUCUUGCACUGCUGCUGAUGUUCAUGUUGCUGUUGGCAGCCCUUCAACAUUUCGCUUAAGGUAUGGAUGGUUUGAUCAUAAUUUGAAGCAACAAAGCAGCGAAGAAUCUUUGGCACCACUGCACUCUGCAGAAAAGACUAUUGGUGACAAACCUUCAGACCAUUUUGAGUUUCCAAACAAAACUUCAGACACUUACGAUUUUCCAAAUAAACCUUCAGAUCCUUUUGAGUUUCCAAACAAACCUUCAGAUCCUUUUGAGUUUCCAAGUAAAUUUGCCAGUCCAUCCGUUGUGUGUAACACAGAACAGACUGUGGUGGAUAGCCAAAGCAAACUGACACCGCUCUCAUGGAUUGACUGCAUAUCCAAUAUCAGUUUUGGAGCACUCUUAUCGCAAGCUGUACCCUCACAAGACAGUAAACAACCGCCUUUGCAAAAUGGUUCGAUUCUCCAGCAGAUUCCUGCUACGUGUGAUUCAUUUGAUGCUGCUAUUGCCUCCUUGAUUGCUCACCAGCAAACAAGUAACCAACCGAAGGUCUCAAAUCCAUCAGUUUGGGAUGCAGAAGAAACUUGUCAUGCAUUUCCCCGGAAUCAAACUUCAGCUAGGAUGUUCUCUUCAGCUCAUGGCAACAGUAGUGCUAUUACCUCGUUUAUCCUGGGUGCAAUUCCUGAGUCUGAUACAGAUGGCAACCAGCGAUGCUCUACUGAAGGCAGGAAAGAGGAGUCAAGCCCUCAGAUAUCAGGCUUGGGCAAUACUGAUAAUGCAAAUCCAGAUGUGCCAAUGCCUGAAUCCACCGGUGAGCCAGAGCUUGGGGCAUUUGACUCCAGGCUUUUGAGUGGAACUGACAGUUUAGGUCUCAGCGGCUUCCUAGCAAACAGCUUGGAUGCAUUUCCGAAGUUCACUGUUUCAUGAGGCUCAGAAAUGUACAUCGAAGAUCUGAAGUUAUAGAUCCUGUAAAGAUCAUCGUCUGGUUUCUUGCUUCAAGAACCAUUACUUUGGGCUUACUGAAGCUGGUUGUGUAGAUAUUAAGUUAAUGGCCCAUCUUAGUCGCAUAAACUUAUUUCGUACUGAUUGCUCGCUCGAGAAUUCUGUAUUUUCAAAAUUGUCCAUAAUCUGCUCGGCUGCUUACCAUUUUCUCUGCAUCCUGUUUUGCAUCAAAUGUUUUAUGAACAGACAAUCUCUCUGAAACUUUGGGCUUGAAUAUUUGUAUGUAAACCUGAGUAGGCUUUACUUGUGAAUGGCUUACUGAAAUUGAUCAAUUUUUCAUCGUUA